AGAGUAGGACCGGUGCCGCACAGCCCACUGCAGCCGCGGUAGGCUACUUCCGUACCGCAGAGGGCGACAGGCACCAGCCAGCCGAGACUGUGGCGGAGGUCCAGACACAAUAGACUGGGUAAGUUUGAUUAGCGAGCGAAAUAAAACAUCUGACGCCGAUAUUUUACCGAGGGGUGUGAGUGUACGGGUGGGUCUGCUGCCCGUGUGUGUGCUUAGGUGAAGUCUGUCGGUACACACGCAGAAAAGAAGCAAACAAACAACACGGUCGAGGUUAAUGGUUGCACGGAAAAUGGGCUCCGGCUAUGUGCAGGAGUGGAUUGGUUCCUGGCUGCUGUCUUUUAAACGGGUCGUUUAUAUUCUCAGUCUUGACUUACUCGUUUGUACACUAUCUUUUAAGCCUACAGAACCUUAAUGUUUUAUGUUAUCACCGAGGCUAACGUCGUUUGCUUCAUCUGUCACGGUUACCGGGUUGUGGAUUCACUUGUUAAGGAUGCUUAGCAAGCAGCUUUACAACGCGUCACUCCAAGAAGUAGUCUGGUCCCUGAAGUCGUUGGGCCUGGGUGUUCGUACGGAUUCAUUGCACACGACUAUUUUGCAUCAAACUUAGCCUCGCUUGACAGUUGUUGGCGUUAAUUUAGGGCUCUCUUUAAUCUAAAAAGUCUGCCAAAUGGGUGAUUUAUUCAACCAUCGCCGUAUAAUGAGCGAUAUCGACACAGAAAGGCUGAGGAAAAGUGGAGCCACCGGCUGGGUUCGCAUCGUUCCGUAUCCCAACAUGGUCGAAGCGGCGAACCUGCCGCCUGCAAUACACAAUGAAUGGGGACGAAUUCUCUACCGCGUCAGUUCGCUUGCGGUGGUCGUACCGAUGUGUGCCUCUUUGUAACAGCUUUACACCCCAUUAUGUCAUAAUAACCAUCGUUGUAGGAAAAUGGUGGUAAACUGCUGAGCUGAACGCCUUUAUGAGAAGCUGCUCAGACUGAAGGAGUAAGUCUCACUGUGGGUUCAUCCCGCAAGACCCUGGGUCAGGGGUGUCUGUUACCCCCAGUUUCCACCGCAUCAGGAACGGCUACAAAAAGGCUGAUAGUAACCAUUCAAGUUAAAGUGUCAAUUUCCACCGGCUUCUUUCCGUUCCACCGUGGAUCGCCAGACUCUGCAGCCAAUUGCAAGAGUUCUAUUUUGCCGGACACCGGUGCAUGCCGAAUAAGCUCAACACAGAUUAACCCGGGACAGACACAAAAUAAAACAUCCGUCUACUUUUCAAAAUAAAACACUCUGUGUUUCUGGCAGAUCGUAUUUCACAUCAUGCAAAUGGGCGGGGGCGAACAAAUGAAAGGUUAAAGUGCGUUCGAAUUAACUUAGAAGUCAGAAGCCCGAGCUGAAAAUGACAUCACACCCGAGUUACCAGCGUUUCAAAAACAAAAUUGGAGGUGGAAACAAAAUGGCUACAUCUACGAAAGUUAUUUUAGAGCUUGCCUUGUCCGAAUAUAAAGCAUUUACCCUGAUGACACCAUGGAUGAGGAAAUGCUGAUUUUAGAAGUCUAGAAGUAGAUUUCCUCCUCUGGUAGGACACAAUUUACUGCUUAUAUGGUUAGCGCUAAAGACAACUUGUUAUCGCGCGAUUGUAUCGGCCGCAGGUUCUUGUGAGUUCUCGCGAUUACUGCUGUCCGUAAUCCGCCAUGAAAUUCGUCUCACAAACGGAUCCAGUAGGAAUUGGCGUACAGUGAAAAUCAACACCAUCCAGGAUGCGGUGGAAAUCCUGGGUUAGAAUAGGAGAGGUGGGGGGGGGUUAGCCUUUUCAGGUAGUAAUUGCUUCCUAUUCUAAAGAACGGGGUCACCACCACAGUUAACCAGCAAAACACAAACAUAGGAUUUAAUCAAUUGAUAUCAGGUUUAGCUCGACUUUACAGUUGUUACAUGUGAAAUCCAUUAAGUAUGGUUGUGAAUGUUGCACUUCGCUAGCUUGUAGGCGAACGUUAAUUAACGUUAAAUGGUCGCUACUGACAAAAGCGAACAGUGAAGCAAACCGCUGUCCACACUGUCAACACCCCUGAUUUAUGAGUUAUGAAUGUGGCAUACCUAUUUAUAAACAUAUAUUUAUGUAAACAAAUAGUUGCUUUACUACGAUAUCUUAUAUGGAAAAAGAAUAAUAUAAGAGGCAUGAAAAUGGGACAGAGCCCCAAAGUUGCCUUUAAUAUGAAAUAAUCCCUGUUAUUUGUCAGAAGUACAAGAAAAAAUGUCAAAUUAUGAAAAAAGUCAUCAUUGUGGGAAUGAAAAGAUAAGAUUACGAAAUGAAAUCAGAGAUUUUGAGAUGAAAAUGUAAAUUACUUGAUAGAAAGUCUCAGCUCUAUAGUCCCAAGUAUAGUCCCAUAAUCCCAAGUGAAAAUUGAGAAAUUAAAAAAAAACAAAUGAUGAGGUUUCAUAAUUAUAAGGUUAAAAAUAGUCAUUCUGGCAUGUUGAGGGUUAAAAUUUGAUUUAGAAAAUUACACAAUCGAGUUGGAAUUACGACAGUGACAUUUAUUACACAAUAGAAAGUGUGUGUUUUUGUGAUAGGGCGUUUUAUCUCAGUCAUUUCCAUUCGUAAUCUUGUACUUGCUUAUAAUUAGCUCAUAUUUUGGCAUUUUAUCUCUUUGCUGUUUUCUUCAGAAUUCAACUUUUUAUUUCACAACCACGACUCUUUUUCACAUGAUUCAUAUUUCUAUUUCAGAAUGACACAACCUCAUCAUGUUUCCUCUCUUAAUUUUGACCUUAAGCCUCCUAAUUUUGACUCUUUGACAUUUUAUUCCCCAAACGAUUUCAUCACAUCUUAUAACUAUUUCCGAACCUUUUUAAUCUCUACGUUUAAGCGAGUUUGUCUUACGUGGUUCUUUUGAAGGCCAGCGGCAAAACAUGCAAAUAAUUCUUUAUAAAUAGCAAAACAGUUUUCUAUGAAUUAUGAGAGUUGUGAGUACGAGUUAGCAUCUGCUUGUUAAAAUCAUCCUGAAACAGCCCCACCCCUCACAGCUGCCGUAUGACUUAUCUCAUGUGCGUUUUUUUUUCCUUUCUCUUUCUGCCUCAGGUCCCGGCUCUUCUCCUAUCCAAACCGGUAUGUCGGAUGAGGAUUCGCGUGCCAGCACCAGCUCUUCUUCAUCACCGCCUUCCUCCAGCCAAACCAGACAGAGGGACUCGCUUUGCAAAAAGAAACGGGAGAGCAAAGCCAGCAUGAGCAAGACCUCUAAGCUGCUUUCCACCAGCGCCAAAAGGUAAAACUAAAACUGAAGAAUGAGUACGGAAUAAUCAGUCCUGACAGAUUUCUUAGUUUAUCCCACAAUCAUGCAGGUUUUUCCUUUAUUGUUCCACCUUGUCCUUGUUCCUCCCUGAGAGUCAGUGGGGGGUCUUCCUUUGGACCUGUGAAACACCUCCUAACACCAAUAAAAACUGACUGUUGAUGCAUUUCGCUGAUUUCUUGCACAAAUACUUAAAAUAGAUGCUUCCAGUGCAGCUAUAGGGAGGUUGGAAAGCAAACAAAAAAAGCCCCAGCCAUAAAAUUCAGAAGAACAAGCAGUACUCUUUUAGCACUCUCAGUACUCUAACAUCUGUGCCCAGAUGUCAUACAGGAAGAAAAACACCAUCAAAGAGGAACACAUGUAUAUUUCCCUUCAGACAGUAGCCUCAACAGACCAUAACGUACAUGGUCAUGAGGUACUCACAAAACUUCCCUUUUUAAUCUCAUAAAAAACUGACUUAACCUCUCACUGUCCUUGUGCUUUCGAAACUAUAACGUCAUGAUUGUAGCAGUAUUACGAGUUGUAAUAACUCAGAAAUUAACGAUGUGAACAGGAGGAAUGAUCAAUUUUCCAUCGAAAUAUCUUCAGAUGUAAUACCAUCCCCCAAAGGCCGAGGCAGAUGUUUCUUUGUUAUGCUGCGCCAAAGCUUCCCUGCCGAAUUCUUGCGUUGGUUAUUUGUGGUCGAACACAUGAUGACAACAGCGAGCGCACUCAGCUGCUGAUUCAGAGAGGAGGACAUAAAUAUGACAUGAUGUAAGCGGGUAACAGGUGCUGACGAACGUGGGAUUUGUCUCUCCCAUGAUGGUUGAAGUUAAGUUUAACUCACUGUUUCAUUUCAAGAGGUUUUAUCACUCACAAAAAAAUAGAAAGUUUAACUCGGACUAUAAAUACUGAAGAGUUGUUGUGCUGUGUAGGUGGUUACAUUGAAGGAUAGAUAAACCCUAGAAUUUAUAACCACAAGUUUUUGAAUGCCGUUAUGAAUAGGCUUACCAAGCAGGGGCGUGUCCGAGCUUUUUGGACAGGGUGGCCUACUGACAUAAGCAGGGGUGGCCAAGAAAGCAUUGAAGGAUAUUCCGGCGUAAGAUUAAUUUAGGGUCAAACACACCGUAACACCGAGUUAGACACCCCCUCCAGAGAUGAAUGUUGCCGACCGCUUGCUUCUCUAGUUAUACCAAAUUUAGUAACGACCGCACGAUAGCAAUACACAGCGGUCUGAGGAGCCAUAAACAAACCUCAACCAAGACGCCACUCUACAGCCACAAAUAAUGAUCAGAACAGCACCUAACUUCAUCAACAGUAUAGGGUCCCAGCAGCGCCGACGUCAGCACGGGGGCGUGGUGCGUAACGUGCCAGUGCGGCCAUUUUGACAGACAUAACAACACUACGCGCACUGGAAUGAAUGAAAUUAGGAUGACGUUUGGUUUUAAAAACCAACUAUUUAUAUAUUAGCUGACUACACAGUAACGGAGAACGGAAUGGAGAGAGCAAAACUUGGACUCAACCUCUUGAGCCAGCCUCUGGUGGACACUCGAGGAACUGCAGUUUCUAGCACAUCCUUACAGGCCUCAUUUUUAAAGCAUGAUUGUUAUGGCAUGAUUGCAGCACAACCGGAAUGAUUGAUUUUAACUUAAGACUUAUGUUGAGGUGGCCAAUGAGAGGGCCAGUGCCCCCUCUAGACAUCCCUCUGGACACACCCCUGUUACCUACUUUAUUUACAGAAGAAAUCUCGAUAAAAGGUUGUUUUUCUAAUAAUUUGUUCAACUGAAAUUGUUGAAUGUUUUACAGUGAUUGACUUUCAUCACUUUUUCAUGCAGGAUUCAGAAAGAGCUGGCUGAUAUCACACUGGACCCUCCGCCAAACUGCAGGUAGGUCAUGUUUUUCCUUGAAACCUUGUCGUUGUCAGUCAUGUUUGUGUAUUUAUUAAACUCACUGUUCCAACAUUUUACUUGUGUAGUACCACCUAAACCCAGAGACGAAGCACACUUAACAUUUAGGGUGUUUGAAGGUCGACUUCUCAUUGUCAGAACGGAUCAUUUUGGGAAAAAUUCAGCAAAAAAAUUGAUAACGAGAAAAAUAACUUGUAAUUUCAUGUUCUAUUAAGCAUGAGGACUUUGAUUAGGCUGACCUUCUGCAGCUCGGUUGGCCGUAGUGUUGGGAUUUAAAAGAUUAUCUGUAAAAACCUGGAUGGUCUGGGGUUCAGGCUCCCAUCACAGCGGGCGUCCUCCCUCCUGCGGCGUCCUAAAGGCGAGUCACUGAAUCUCUCCCCGCUGCAGGCGCUGUGCUGCAGCCGAGCCUGACCUUUGACCUCUCUGUGAAAAGAGAAAAGAAAAACAGUAGACUGGCUCAGUAGAUCAAACGAGCCACCUCAGGCCACAGAGCAGCCCAAAAAUCAACACCGUCUGGAUGUAUACGCCGCUGCUUACCGGGGAAAAAAUCUGCUAUUUAUUCUCGUCAGAAGAAGAAGAAAAAAACCUGUUUCUGCUGUUAGUUGUUGUUGUUGCUGCUGACAUUUUUCUCCAGACGUUUUCUCAUGUAUAAUACAUCAACUUCUCAGGCUGAUUUCGCUCUUCUUCCCCGUCUACCUGUCACCUUACAGGCAGCGAUCUGUCCGUCAGUCUGUUGAGAGAGAACAAGCUGUUUGUUUGCUGCAGGCGAGCAGCACCUGGCAUUUACAGAUGCUGUACUGUAACACGUAGAAGAUCUGCUGGAUUUGAGAAAAUACCAGACGUGUGAUUACCUUCUUUAAUAAUGCAAAGUGCGAUAAAUAAGCAAACAUUAAGGAGCGAAUAUCAGGCAUACUGCCACCUGCUAAGAUAGGUGUUUGCAGUAUUUCCCUCCUGAAUCCAUUUUCUACAUUUAACCGGCGUCACUUAAUAUGAGGGUAGCUGAUAGAGAGUGUGAGCUCCAUGUGACUGCAUCAGAACGGUGUGAAAGUACAACUAACAUAUCCAGGACGACAUCCAACGUGAAGAAUGUACACAUACUGAGUGAGAAAACAUCGAGUCUGAACAUAAAAUCAUGUUUCCCACUUAGUGCAUAAUAAUAAUAAUAAUAAUUAAUAAUUAAUAAUGAAUAUUCAGAGUGUUAUGAAAGGUUUGUAAUGGGUCUCCAUUUAUUGCAAAGUUUGAGGAGAGUUCAAGUAAUGGGAAAUAAUGGGUUUAUUGCAAAUAAUGACACUUGAAAAUUUGCUGCAAUGUGAGGAAAAAAUACCGUAAUUAUUGUAAGAAAGGCUCAAACUCUGUUCCCGUGUUAAAACAUUCACUGUGUUCAGCAAUGUCCAGCCUUGAAUGCAGACGUGUAGCUCUUUAUAGUAUCACCUAACAUCAGCUAUUCACACAGCAGCUGAGCUCAGCCUGUGUUAGUGUUGUCAGUAAAUACAGACGAUUAAUCAGGACAACCAACGACAUUUUGACAAACUCUAUAUCAUAUCGUAAGGCCGGUAUCACCAUCAUCGUUUCUUAAGGAAACACAUUUUCCGGCUCCAAUUACAAUCAAUCAAAUCUGAAGCGGUCACCACCUACUGUUUGAUAUAGAUUCUGUUAUGAUGUGUAGAAUAAUGCAUCUUUCACCCCAAUAAUGCAGCUUCUUACAGAAUUGUAUCAUAUUCACUAACAGUUUUUCAGACUAAUUUAUUUCUUCUGUCUUUUUGUACUAACAUUUUUUUCCCCUCUUUAUGUUUUUCAGACACAUUUUUAUUCUGUUUUUUUUUUUUUUGUACUUUUUUUGUUUUCGUCUUUCUGUUUUCUUAGACUGUUUUUUUUUCCUAACUAGGCGAGAUACUUAAAAAUCCUGCAAGAAUCUCAUACAAUCAGAUAACAUUAACCACUGCAGCUGCUCCAAAUCAGCGGAUUCUCCAGCUCCUAGAUAAAUUCGACUACAGGGUCAAUGAGAGUAAAGCAUGUUAUUAGUGAAACAUAGGGUAUACAAAUCCUGAGGUGUCUGCACAAAGAAGACAAACUUGUGAUGAUUCCAUCUAUCUGACUUAAAGAAAGGAGAAUCUCUCAGUGUCUCGAAACCAAAAGAAAGUAAAACUUGAUUAAACGAAACAAGUGGGCCAUGUUUGCUGCCAAUAAAUGGAGCAGAGGGAAAUGAAAGCGUCUGUUUUUAAAUGAUCACGAUCCCAGAGAAGAAGAAAAACAAUUAUUCUGAAAAACAGAACAAAAAAAAUGGUCCAAUAAAGAGAAAAGAAAAAAAAUAGCAAAAAAAAUGAGUCUGAAGAACAGAACAGAAAAAAUUACUCUGACAAACAGAGACUUACCUUUUUUUUUUCUCUCUCUCUCAAUAACUUUAGAUCGCUGGACAGAAAUCCAAAAGUUUGAGUGGCGAUACUUUGCUGAGCCAAACAAUGUCUUCUCUAGAAGAAGACACCAUUUAAUUAUCUAAUAAAGACAGCAGUUUCUCACGUGUUAAUGUAAUUAAAUUGUUGUAUUUUGGCAAAUGCAGAUAAGAAAAUUAACGAUGUGAUUGACUUUAUAUAUCAUAUUUUAUAGCAGCUAUUUGCCUUUUGAAAAAAGUGGUGUAAGUCAAUCUUUAGCUGGUCGUUGUGAGGGGCAGAUGAAUCCACUACCUGGACUCACUUCAGUUUACUCGUUGCCGUUCUAAUCAGACCUGAACUCCACGAUUUUCGAUCACUCAAAAGUUUACCUCUUUUUUCUUUAAACUCAUAAUUUUGAGCAUAUGAGUGUUGAAAAGAGCCUCCACUCGAUCGGUUUGCCUCAUGAUAUAUUCAGCAGACUUUGAACAGUGAAGCGGUCAUUUGCACCUUUAAGCACCGUCCUCUGGAUCUGUGAAAUUCCUCCUUAAAUCAGGAGAAAUCACAGCAAAGCUCGGAGUGGCGUCCACAGGAUAAAUGCGGUCCUCUCUGUAUCAUGACCGCACCGAGACGAUGUUGUUCCCGGUUAAAUUAACGCCUUAAAUCACGGAUUAGAGACGGAUGACUGCAGCUGCGAGUUCUUACAAGGAAGGACAAAAGCAGCAGCAGCAGCAGGUUUCAGCGACAGCCUCGUACCAUUUAGGCGAAUUCAUAAUGAAACGCCUAAUUACAACAGUGAAGUGUGACAGCUUUAAACACUACCUGCCCGCAACAUGAUGGAUUAAAAACCAUGUUUAAUUGAGUUUCUGGUGGUAUAUGAUAAUGCAUUCAAUUAUUACAGAAAUGUUCGCUCAGGCUUUACUCGUCACUGAAGGAGAAUUAUAAAUAUAUACGGAUGAAUCUGGAGCGAUGGUUCAGCUUCUCCUCCGUCUGGUUUUAUCGUCUGAGCUUGAUUAAUGUGCCGAUUGUUUUAAUCACCUCAGACAGUAAUUAUUCAGAGUGUCAUCAACGCCAAAACUGCGAGGUACAGAUUCUUUAUAUUUCAUUUGAUCCUCUGCUUUAGUGCUGUAAUCAACCAAAAAUAUUCUUGGUCGACUAAAACCCUGAAAUUUUCAUCCAAAGAUCGACUCACGGAGGGGUCACGACCCUAACGGCGAACCACUCUGCGGCGGGGCACUGACGCAGGAGUAAAAAUAUACUAAUACUUGAAUACCAUGAAAGAUGAAACGCUCAAAAUUAAAAUAAAUAUUCAGCAAACCACCGGACGUCGAUUAACAUGGAUGCUCUUCACCCCCAAUUUUCACCGCUUCCGGAACAGCCCUGAUGCGGAACUGCAGCGAUUUUCACUGUCCGCCAAUUCCUACCGGAUCUGUUUGUGAGGCCAAUUUCAUGGCCGAUUACAGACAGCAGGAAUCGCGAGAACUCACAAGAACCUGCAGAUUCAUGCUCAAUCACACAAUAACAAGUUGUCUUUAUAAAGACAGCCACAUAGACUAACCAUAUAAGCAGUAGAUUGUGUCCUUCCAGAGGAGGAAAUCUACUUCUAGACUUCUAGAAUCAGUAUCUCCUCAUCCAUGGUGUCAUCGAGAUAAAAUGCUGUCUAUAAACCUUUCACUUGUUCGUCUCCGCCCGUUUACAUGGUGUGAAAUAUGAUCCCCCUGAAACACGGAGUGUUUUAUUUUGAAAAGAAUCCGAAUGUUUUAUUUUGUGACUGUGCACUACUUCCUUUCCAGCACGGGUUAAUCUGUGCUGAAUUUAUUCGCCAUGCUCCGGCGUCCUGAAAAAUAGAAAUCCUGCGAUCCGCAGCGGAACGGAAAGAAGCCUGUGGAAAUUGACACGUUAACUUGAAUGACUAGGAUCAGCUGUGAUUGGCGGAUACGGCCUUUUCGUAGCCGUUCCAGAUGCUGUGGAAAUUUGGGGUGGGAAUUUUGUCGGAAUAUAAGGCAAGCAUUAAAAUAACUUUGGUAGAUGUAGCCAUCUUGUUUCAGACGUGACGUCAUUUUCAGCUCCAACAUCUGACUUCUGAGGUAACUCAACGCAGCAUUAACACGAAUCGACCAAUAAGUCGACCGGUCAACUAGGACUUUACAGCACUACUUUUGAUACGUCAUAUCUUGAAUCAACUCCCUGAAAACAGCUGCUGUUAAAGUGUUUUAAUAACUGGAUGUGAUGAAGCUCAGACGGCUUCUCUCAAACGAUGGAGGAAAAGGAAACUGAUCCUGACUCCGGCUGCUGCAUCCCUUAAUGUCCCGUCAUCACCGCUGAUUGGACUUUAUUGGUGUUUUGAGGCCGACGGGGAGCGUGUGUGUGCGUGUGUGUGUGUGUGUGUGUGUGUGUGUGUGUGUGUGUGUGUGUGUGUGUGUGUGUGUGUUUGAAUCAUUAAAAUCAGCCUCUGAGGAGAGAAAUCUUCUCAUGUGGUGGAAGUUUUUCUCGUCUUUUUAUCACUCAGUUAAUUCGCUCAAACUGAAUUUUCCACACGGUGUCGUGAAACUCUGCCGAAGCCUCAUGUCGACGCCGAUCAAAAAAGCAGAGCGUAACAUCUGCCCCCUCAAACCCCCCCCCGAGGAGCUCCGGAUCAAUACUGUUAUGUCUUGUAUUCAUAACCCCAAGGGGUGCGAGACCACAUGUUCUGCAUGUUGGAGGGAUAAAGGCCGGUCUGCUUUGAGGGAAAAUCAAUACAGAUUACAGAUCAUGACACACAGACACAUCACAGGGGAGCCGCUUUGAAGGGAAACAUCUUCUGAGUGAUGCACCAUGGGAAAAACUUUCUUCACCCUCAAAGAAAAGCAUCGUCUAGAUGUCAUGAUAAUUAAUCUGCGUGGAGGAUUUAUUGGUUUUAAUAAAUAAGUUUUCCAGUUUCUUAAUUACGGCCACGAGAAAUGCGACACGCUUUGAUGCUUUUCUUCUGAUCCGUCGAGCCGCAGAAAUCACCGAAAACUUUGAAGUUUUGUGGAAUUUCCCUUUAAUGACACAUGUUGCACAGAUUUUGUGAAACUCCUCAUAAAACCCCGUUUGUGCAGCGAUUCUUGAGUUUGUCCACAGAGAGCGUGAACGAAUGCGUGACUGGAGCGGGUGUUUCUAUCCCUCUGUAUUUGAUUUUGUUCUUGUCCGUCCUGAUUGGAUGUUCUGAUGUAACAUGAGACAAAAACAUUCACUGACUCUAUAAAUAUACAGGAGUAAUUAAAGUAAAUGUUUCCGCUCGCAGUGCUGGCCCCAAAGGAGACAACAUCUAUGAGUGGAGGUCGACCAUCCUGGGACCGCCGGGCUCCGUGUAUGAAGGAGGAGUCUUCUUCCUGGACAUUGCCUUUACACCAGACUACCCCUUCAAACCCCCCAAGGUACGAACAAUCUGAUCUUAUUCAGAAUAUAACGAAGCUGAGUCAUGAGUCAUGAGUCAUGGCGACCUUUUCCCCUCAGAGGUGUUCAGUAGUCACAUGGUCAGGCUGUUAGGUAGAAGUUUUGGCGCUGUGGGCGGGUACAAAGUUAGUCUCUCUAUAAAGUUUGUCAGCAAAUGCCCUAAUAUGUCCUGUUAGACAGCUGCGUGGACUUUAGACAUAAGUAGGAAUGGGCUCGAUUAAUUGACGAUCGAUUGAUUUAUCGUUAAGAACAAAAUUCUGAUUAAUCUAACGUUAUUUUUAAAAAAGGGCUGACAGUGUGCGUCUGUCCUCCAACUGUUUUCCAGCAAAGAUCACGAUGUCGUGUACAAGUAAAACACGACGACUCCAAUGAUGUUCCACUUGAUGCACAAACAUCUGACUGAGGUUAAUAAUAAUAAUGAUAAACAGUGUUUAUUUAUAUAGCAGUUUUCAUACACAACCAUGUAGAGCAAAGUGCUUCACACAGAAAAAGGAAUAAAAGAAACAUAGAAUACCCAAGUCCACCCCAACCCAAGAUUAAAAGAAUACCCAAAUCUACACCAGACCAUCCCCUCAUUCCCACCCCACGAUCUAAACGCAUCAGAAACAGAAUUAAAAUGCAUCAACUUGAAAAGGGCUUAAUUUCGUGGAAACAGGAGUGUGCGCACUGAGGAAACAUCAUUAUAAAACUCAAGAUAAGGAAACAAUGGAGUGUUAGGUUAAAAUCUGGAAACGAAGUAACAUAGAGUGAAAUUUAGGAAAUUAUAAAUAAAAUGAAAUAAAGACAACAUUAAAAGAAACUGAAAUAAGAGCAACAAAAUAGCUCAACUAUUAAGCCAUAAACUAUAAAGAGAUAAAUGCUAAAACACUUAAACAAAGUUAAUGAUAUAAAAUUCAGUUAAAAGAAAGAUUAAAAAGGUAAGUUUUGAGUUUGGUUUUAGAGUCAUUAAGAUGAGGUGCAGUCCUCAGGUCUUAAUGAAUCCUCCGAGCGCUUUCAGUCUCAGUCUACCAUCAGUUACUUCCCAGCAAGAGGGUUCUGUAGGGUGACCAGACAUCCCCGAUUUCAGGGGACAGUCCCUGUUUUGCAUGACCUGUCCUCGACUAAAGUUGUCCCCCGAAAUGUCCCCAAUUUUAAUGUUUCAUGAAUGAGAAAAAUUCAACAGUUAUAACGGUAGCCGGGCAGGAAGGAAGCGUGAGUGAUCAUGUAGCGUGCAGUCCUGGGGGAUUAAAAAAAACGAUCAAAUUGAUGAUUAAUCGAUGAAGGGACUGUCUUCAAAUGCCCGUCCCUAGAUGUAAGAAAACACAGCAGACCAGCAGGUGGCACAGCACCCCAUAAUCAUAGUCCAGAUCGUUUCAGAACAAGUCUGUCGUUGUCUCUGGUUCAGGAGUGUCCUGAUGUCAGUCGUCCUCUCUCUCUCUGAAGAUGUCUGAGUCUAGUCGCUCUUAAUACACCGACUCAAGCCUCAGUCCACUCUCUGUCAAACUCUUCAAUCAGCUUCUUCUGACAUGGUUGAAGUCCUCGCUGCUGUUUCUGCUUCAUCUUUUCCUCCAUCAUGAUUUUUACAUGAAUGUGCUUCAGUCGAGGGUUUUCAGCUUUGACCUGAAGUGGCUAACCUCUUCCUGUAGAGGGCGCCAUUGACCGUCUUCUGUACAACUAUCUGCCUGCUGUAUUCACUCUGGUUUCAGCUGCGUGUGCUGAACCAGCCUGAAAACUCAGUAUUUCUUCUGUUUGAAUAGUGAUUUAGAUAAACAUUUUAAUGAUGAGAGUUUUCAAAGUUAAACCAGAAAAAUGUUUGAAACAUUUAAGUUCCUCUGAAGACUUUAAUUCAGACGGACCUUCAUUUAAACUCUGCUCUCCUCCUCCUCCACGUCUGAUCAAACCACACCAGUAUGCGAGGCAGCUCAAUCACAUCGCAAUCACGUGAGAGUCCAGCUAUUAUUAUGUCGUAUAACCUGCCCCAAUUAGCACCCGUGAUGGAAAAUGUGUUGCCAAAUCUGGAACUGUACAUUCCGACCUGUUGCCCAACCCUGACUCCAACGGUACAGGAUUUUCAGGAAAACGUCUCUGCCGUUUGAACAGAUUUACAUUCCUGAAACAGAUGAAUGAAAGUAAAAAGAUUUAAAAUGUCGCAGCUUAAAGUUUUUUUCACUCAUGUCUAACAUCCUCUGCUCUGAUUUUAGUUAGACAUGGAGGAGAUAAACUUUUAAGAGACUCAUCGUUAAAGUGAAUUAAGCCAGUAAAUGUCGGAAACAUGUCUGUUAUAUCCGCAAUAAAGUCCUGUCCCUGUGGUAAAACUGGAAUUUUAGUGACGCUAUAAACAGACAAUAUCCGAGCACACUGAGAGUGAGUUUCCUGGUUUCUCCUGUCGUCUUGAAGUUCCUCUUUUCAGCCACUAGAGGGCUUUCAAACCUCACAGAUCACACACACAGUGUAAAGCGACUGCUGGUUGAAAAGCUGUAAAUCUGCAGAUCUGACUCACCCAAGCUCAGCCUCAGCAUAUUUAGUUUUAACAGCCUUGAGUUAUUUUUACAGCUGAUUUUAUACCUUAAUUGAAGUUAUUUGAAAACUUUAAUUGCUGAAUUUUAAAGGUGACUUCCUGGUUUUUUAAUGUCUUUAUUUACAGUAAAAAGGACAGUAGUCAGUCAGAGCAGGAAACAGGGAAGAGAGAGUACACAGAGUACCACCUGUUCGAGUGACGACAGCCCUCGUUUAUGAAGCGUGUCAAAUCAAAUAUGACCCCCGCUGACUGUUUUUGAGAGCAGAAAAAACAGGAUAUAAAAACAGGUGUACAUGGUUAUGAACGAUCAUUCAAAUCAGAGAGUAAUAUCCGCGUAAUUCAGUGAGUUUUUAGAAAUUUGGAUAAAUAUGUCACCAGAAAAGGAACACCAUGUUCCACUUUAGAGAUGCAGAGAUGCCCUCAGAUUGAAAAUCAGACGUUCAGUUUGCAGUUCAGCUCCCACAGUCACAUGUCAAAGUGCGCUCAGCUAGGUCAGCAGAUCUACAUGUAAAAAAAAAAUUAUAUUAGUUUGAUUGAAACAGGAUUUUUUAAACGCGCAAAAUCAAGUCAGUCAAACUAAAAUCCCACGACGUCAGAUUUCUCCGAGCCAGACGAAAAAUCCGAGAUAAUCUGGUCUGGGAUCAACUUUCUCCUGCAUGUUUACACCUCAGUCAGACUUAAAGCGGCCUCAGUGCUUUCUCUGCAGUUAGCACCCUGGGCUUUGACCUGGGAGUCAAACGGCUUAAACACAAUGAAAGAAGAAGAAGGGAUGUGAAAAGAGACGAGUCCAGUCUUUUUACUGUUCACCCGUGUGUGUGCAGGUCACUUUUCGCACAAGGAUCUAUCACUGCAACAUCAACAGUCAGGGGGUGAUCUGUCUGGACAUCCUGAAGGACAACUGGAGCCCCGCCCUCACCAUCUCCAAGGUGCUGCUGUCCAUCUGCUCCCUGCUCACAGACUGUAACCCAGGUAAGACGGAGAGCCGAUUAAAGAAAGCUCCGAGACUUUUCUCACAGCGGGUCGAUAAAUUAACCGUCUUAAUCUGAGAUUUGAUGUGCCUACCAGGGUAUGUACACUACAGGCCAAAGGUUUGGAAGCACGACCAUUCCAGGCCGAACAGUUGGGAGUAACUUCAAGUUUUUGUUCACAAUACUUUUUUUUUUUAAAUCCAGCAUGAGUUUUAUGUAUUUUGGGAUGUAUUUACUCCAUGAUCAGAUGUUCCUUUCCAUUGCUAAAUAUAUGUCAGCAAAAGAAAAUAAGGGCUUAAUUUUAGGGUUGAAAAUAUUUGCAAGAGUCACAACUUCAGUGCAAAAGCAAAAAAAAACAUCACAGUUGGAUUAUUCACUUCAACUUUUUGGCUUUUUAGAGUCUGCAGACAAAAAUCCUAAUAAAUCUCAACUGCCUUCAAACUACCGCAAAAAUGGCUGGAAAGAAGCAACUGAGUAAAGAAACAAAAGUACAGAUUUGGACAUUGAGGAAAGAAGGAUACACAGAAAGAGAAAUUGUAAAACGCCUAAAGGUGUUUAACAAAGGAGUCCACUUCACUCUGAAGAGACUAGAGGGAUCUGGAAGUUAUGAUGAUAGAAGAAGACCUGGACGAAAGAGAGUUACCACAAAAGCAGAGGAUAAACAUGGCAUUGUCACCAGUAAGAGAGAUCGGCGAAAAACAGCACCAAAAAUAAGGGAGGAAAUCAACAUGACAAGGUCGAAACCCAUAUCUCUGACAACGGUAAAAUGACGUUUGAGAAAGGCUGGUCUGACGGGUUGUGUAUCUGCAAAAAAACAACACUACUUCGUCCACAGAGCAAAAAAAAGAGAUAUGAGCGGGCAAAAGCUCACAAAAAUUGGACUUAUGAUGACUAGAAACAAGUUUUUUUUUUUUGUUUCAAAACGCAGAGUCUAUGUCCGCAGACAAACUGGUGAACUUUCGAAAGCACCACGUGUUACACACACAAUUCAGCAUGGAGGUGGUAGUUCCAUGGUAUGGGGAUGUUUUGGAGGUGACAGAGUAGAAGAUUUGUUUGACGUAAAGAGCAUCAUGAAGAAGGAACAGUACCACUCCAUCCUCCAGCACCAUGCUGCUCCAUCUGGACUCAGACUUGUGGCUCAUAAGUUUGUUUUGCAGUAAGACAAUGACCCUAAGCCCUCUGCUGAGCUCUGUCAGGGUGACCUAGACAAAAAAGAAGAGGAAGGUGUUCUUCAAAAGAUGGUUUGGCCCCCUCAGUCUCCAGACCUUUCUCAAACUGAGCUCGUGCGGGAUGAAUUGAAUCGAUCGGUCAGAAAAACGCGUCCCACGAAUCAGCCGUCUCUUUUUAAUGAACUUAAGAAAGCUUGGAAUGCAAUCCCUGGAACAUACCUUAGAAAACAUGUGGAACGAAUGCCUGGUAUAUGCCAAGCUGUUGUUAAAGCCAGAGGAGGUUACUUUAAAGAAAGCAAAGUCUAAGCAACAAUAACUCAAAUAAGUUACUCUUUACACAAUAGUCAUGUUUGUUGUGUUGCAAAUUAUCUAUAUGAAACUAUGAUCUUUUGGCCUGUAGUGUACGUCUUCAUCAUUUCUGUACGUGCACCACCUGUAGCACCAGGAGAUGUAGGCCAAAGGGAAGCUGCUGCGCCACCACUUACUUGUUUUGCUGACUUUUAGAAACUUCACGCAGUCCUCACCUACUUUUUCGUGGUCUCUCACCUCAUGUUCACGUCCAAGGUGAGAGAAAGAAACAAACUGGAGCGCAUUUUGAGAAGUGAACUUUAAACCAUCUUUUUGACCUCCUUACACACUCGUCUGCGGUUUCGCUGCACAACAGAAACCUGAAACUUAUGCUGGAAACAUAACUGAGUGCCAGCAUGACAGGAAACUCGGCGUCAUGUGGGCACGCUUUUUUAUUUUAUAAAAACUACUCGAUGUGCAAGAGUGAGAGCAGACGGGGAGUUUUUCACAUUCUACCCAAUUUUUUUUUUAACACAUGGAUGUGCUGCUUUAUUGAAACAUAUGAGUCAACAGUCUAUCGUACACCUUAUUGUGCCACAUAUUCUGAAAAUAUAACUUUCCAAAUCAGAUCAGGCAGAACUGAAACAGGUGGCUUUAACCUGUGGUGAAAAGAGGAGGCAGAUUUUCCGUUGUUUUUUACGCUAAAAGCUGAAGAGGCGAGGCAGAUUUUAGAGUCAGAUGUUUUUAUACCGCGGAACGAAACGAAAUGUAGAAUAACAGGUUUGUUUUUAAAAAAAAUAGUGUCUUCUUUUUUUUGUCCUGAUUUGACUUUCUGGUGUUUUUCCUCUCAGCCGAUCCCCUGGUAGGAAGCAUUGCCACCCAGUACACGACUAACAGAGCAGAACAUGACCGAACAGCCAAACAGUGGACAAAGCGAUACGCCACAUAAACCCACAGAGGACGGCCGAAGAGGAGGAGGAGGAGGAGGAGGAGCAGCAGGAGGAGGAGGAGGAGGAGGGUUGGGGGGGCUCAGGGUGGUAUGUGUUGGGGGGUUAUUUGUAUCUCAGAUUUUUAGUACUUUAUUGUCUGGUAUAUUUUUUGCUUCCUGAUUAAGUUAUCUCCGCAGAUAUGGUAAUAAAGGAACACAAUGGAAAGGAAGUCUG